CCGCCGCGCGCGUGCCGCUGCCGCCGGGUAAUUGGAUUGGGAGCUCCCAUGAUGCAGUUCAAUCAAGGAGGGUGGUCAUUUCUCACAACAUGGAUAAGGCACUGAAAGAAGUGUUUGACUACAUCUAUAGAGAUUACAUCCUGUCCUGGUAUGGGCAGCUCAGCAGAGAUGAAGGGCAGCUGUACCAGCUGCUGUCAGAAGACUUCUGGGAGAUUGCCAAGCAGCUGCGACUGAGGCUGAGUCACAUUGAUGUAGUUAAAGUCGUCUGCAAUGAUGUAGUGAAAGCUUUACUCACGCACUUCUGUGACCUUAAAGGAGCCAGUGCCAGGCAGGAAGAUCCACCGAGACCUUUUUUGCUGCACCCCUGCUUGAGGAACUCUGAUGAAGAAGUAAGGUUCCUGCAAAAAUGUUCUCAAAUUCUGGUCUGUUGUCUCCUACCCUCAAAGGAUGUCCAGUCUGUCAGCUUGCGCAUAGUCCUUGCAGAAAUACUUGCAACAAAAGUACUGAAACCAGUGGUGGAACUGCUGGGUGAUCCAGAUUAUAUCAACCAAAUGCUACUCAGCCAGCUGGAGUACAGAGAACAGAUGAAUGAGCAUCAGAAGAAAGACUACACAUAUGCUCCUUCGUAUGAGGAGUUCAUCAAGCUGAUUAGCAGCAACACCGAUGUUGAAUUCCUGAAACAGUUGAGGUAUCAGAUUGUAGUGGAAAUAGUUCAGGCAACCACAAUCAGCAAUUUUCCACAAGUGAAGAGGCAGAAAGAUUCAAAAGGGAAAGAAACUGCAGCGAUGAAAGCUGACCUGCUGAGAGCUCGCAACAUGAAGAGGUAUAUUAAUCAGUUGACAGUGGCAAAGAAGCAAUGUGAGAAGAGAAUAAGGUUCUUGGGAGGGCCUGCUUAUGAUCAACAGGAAGACGGCUUUUCUGAUGAAGGUGAUGGCUCUCAGAGUCAGAAGAUUCUUCAGUUUGAAGAAAUAUUGGCCAACCCUUCAUACCGAGAGCAUUUUCGAAUCUAUAUGGAUAGAAUGGAUAAGGUGGCUUUGAUUGAUCUGUGGGAGUCUGUGGAGAACCUGAGGAGUGCUAACAAGGCUGAAAUACCUCAGCUGGUGAGUGACAUUUACCAGAAUUUUUUUGUGGAAAGCAGAGAAAUACCUGUGGAAAAAUCACUUUAUAAAGAAGUAGAGCAAAGUCUUGUGGGUAAUAAAGGCAUUGAAGUAUUCUACAGAAUUCAGGCAGAUGUUUAUGAAACUCUGAAGGACAGAUAUUACCCCUCAUUUAUCGUCAGUGAUUUAUAUGAGAGAUCAGUCAAGAAGGAAGAAGAAAGAAGUUCUGUCCAAGUAACUCCUGAGGACAAAGAUGAAGCUAGCCAAGGUUGUGGAGAAGCUACUGAAGAAUGCAGCACAGGAAUUAAUGAACAGGCCAGUUAUGCUGUAAAUAAGCUUCGCCAACUAAACGACAAGCUUAAAUAUAAGAAACAGGCUCUAAAUUCCAUAUGUAAUUCACCAAAACCCAACAAAAAGAUUGUUUCUAAGCUGAAGGAUGAGAUCACUCUGAUGGAGAGAGAGCAUAACGACCUUCAGUUGCACAUUGCAAGAACAGACUGGUGGUGUGAGAAUCUUGGCAUGUGGAAAGCCUUCAUCAUCUCAGGCGAGGUUUUAGAAGAGAAUGGAGAACAAGUGCCCUGUUACUCUGUCCUAGUGAGUUUACAAGAAGUCGGUGGAGCUGAAACUAAGAACUGGACUGUUCCCAGGAAGCUCAGUGAGUUUCAGAACCUACACCGGAAGCUCAGUGAGUGCUUUCCAUCAUUAAAGAAAGUUCAGUUGCCUUCACUCAGCAAGCUGCCCUUCAAAUCCAUAGACCAGAAGUUCAUGGAGAAGUCUAAGAACCAGCUUAAUAACUUUCUGCAGAAAUUGCUCUCUGAUGAAAGGCUCUGUCAAAGUGAAGCACUUUAUGCCUUCUUGAGCCCUUCUCCAGAACACCUCAAAGUGAUUGAUGUGCAAGGAAAAAAGUCAUCUUUUUCACUCUCAUCAUUUUUAGAGCGACUUCCUUGUGACUGGUUUUCUCAUCAGGAGGAAGAAACGGAAGAGGACAGUGACCUGUCAGAUUAUGGGGAAGAGGUGGAUGGAAAAAGGGACUCUAUUGCUGAGCCAUGUUUCAUGCUGAUUGGGGAGAUUUUUGAGCUGCGAGGAAUGUUUAAGUGGGUGAGAAAAACAUUAAUUGCACUAGUACAAGUCACUUUUGGAAGAACCAUCAACAAGCAAAUCCGUGACACUGUACACUGGAUGUUCAGUGAAGCAAUGCUUGUUUACUAUAUUGGCGUGUUUCGAGAUGCUUUUUGGCCAAAUGGAAAGCUAGCACCACCACCAACUGCCAAGAGUGAUGAACAAAGGCAAGAGACCAAACAGCGAGCACAGCAAAAACUACUUGAAAACAUUCCAGAUACUCUGCAGAGCCUCGUUGGACAGCAAAACGCCCGCCAUGGUGUAGUGAAAGUGUUCAAUGCACUGCAAGAAAGAAAGGCCAACAAGCAUCUACUCUAUGUUUUGCUGGAACUGCUGCUAACUGAACUGUGUCCUGAGCUACGAGCUCAUUUAGAGCAGCUUAAUGCCACUUAGGUUUGAAUCUGCACAAGUGGACCACUAGAGAAAUGUCUAUGUCCAAUAAUAGACAUUAAACUUAUUUUCCUCUUUUCCAUAGA